CUCUCCUCUCUCUCUCUCGAUUUCAAAAUUCUCAAGAAGCAAUUUUCUUUAGAAAAAAUAAGAUGUAAUUCCAAUGUUUCCAAAUUUUUGCACCUUGUGUAGAGUUUGAUUUGAAACCACUGUGUCAAAGGACUCAAAAAUGAAGGUCUCGAAGAGAUUUGAGUACAACUGGAAGUACUGUUGGAGCCCGUUAUUACAUUCUGAUAUUCAAUGUCAGUAUUAUGUUUCAGUAUAAGGUAGGUGACACUGACUACAAGCAUGGAGUUUAAGAAAGAGAAGCUAGUGAGGUUUUACAAUACUGGGAAACAAAAUCUUGAGCUUUCCUGGGAUAAAAUCGACCCCGAACUCGAAAACAAAUUGCCUGUGUCCAAAUCUUCACCCCCCUUGUUGAAAUCCGAAGGUGGAACUGGGGACAGAGCUAAAACAAAUGGACCUCCUAUGUUUGGAAGGUUUAAGGUUUUCCCAGAAAAUCAUGAGCCUAUGAGGAAAAAAAUACUUGAUCCUGGAAGUGAACUUUUCCUGAAAUGGAAUAGAAUUUUCCUGUUCUCUUGUUUGGUAGCACUUUUCGUUGAUCCAUUGUUUUUCUACCUCCCUUCGGUAGAGAAUGAUAGCAAUUCAUCAUGUAUGACAACAGAUUUGAAUCUGGGAAUUAUUGUGACCUUUUUUCGAACUGUUGCCGAUAUAUUCUAUCUGUUGUGUAUAAUUAUAAAGUUCCGGACAGCUUAUGUAUCACCAAGCUCAAGGGUUUUUGGUAGAGGUGAACUAGUCAUGGAUCCGAAGAAAAUUGCAAGGCGGUACUUAAAGUCUGAUUUCUUCAUAGAUGUGGUUGCAACACUGCCUCUUCCCCAGAUUGUCAUAUGGUUCAUAAUACCAGCAAUUAGAAGCUCCCAUGCUGAUCACACCACCAAUGCCCUCGUACUGAUUGUCCUGAUCCAAUAUAUCCCCAGAUUAUAUCUGAUUUUUCCAUUAAGUUCUCAGAUCAUUAAAGCUGCAGGAGUUGUGACCAAAACAGCUUGGGCCGGGGCUGCGUACAAUCUCCUACUCUACAUGUUAGCUAGUCAUGUUCUGGGGGCAUCGUGGUAUCUAUUGUCAAUUGAACGGAAUGCAACAUGCUGGAAAUCAGCUUGCAAUCAGGAAUUUAGCCCAAUGAGAUGCUCCCUUAGUUUCUUGGAUUGUGAUAGCUUGACCAAUGAUGAUAGAAGGACGUGGGCAAACACUACUAUUGUCUUUAGUCAAUGUAACCCUGAUAACAGUACAUUUUUCAAUUAUGGGAUCUUCCAAAAUGCGGUUACAAACAAUGUUGUCUCCUCAAAGUUUCUUUCAAAGUACUUCUAUUGUUUAUGGUGGGGCUUACAGAACUUAAGGUAUGAUUUCAUGAGUAUGUUAUCCUAUUUACAUGCAAUAACGGGUCCUCUGUUUAUUCCCACUGCAAAUAACAAAGUUGGGCAGUGUGCUACUCCCUUUUGGAAAUUGUUACAACUGCGAAAGAUAUGGCCAUUUCAGCUAGCAAGAGAAGAAACAAGCUUAUGCUAUAUAUAUAAAGCCUAUGCUAUAACCUUAGUGUGUGCUGUCAUUGUAACUCGGAUUUGUAGUUAG